UCGUUUACUUGGUCGCUCCUCCUCUCUCCAUCGUUUCUAGCAAGCUAGCUAGAUAACUAGGAGAGCUACCUUGAAGUUUGGAGACUCAAAGUGGAUAAGGGGGAAACAGGCUGACGGAAAAUGGCAGACGUCGAGGGAGAGGGAAUUAAUUCGGUGGCACCUCCUUUAGUUCAGCCAUCCUCUCCUAACGGCUCCGGUGCCAGCCCAACGCAGGGCACCGGCAGUUGCCAAACGGUGACUACCGUUACGUCAGGCCCGCGACUGGUGCGGAUAGUCAAGUCUGACUCGGGAUAUGGCUUCAAUGUCCGGGGACAGGUUAGCGAAGGAGGACAACUACGGAGCAUCAACGGGGAAUUGUAUGCCCCGCUACAGCAUGUUAGUGCUGUUUUACCGGGAGGUGCAGCGGACAGAGCCGGUAUCUCGAAAGGGGACCGGAUUCUGGAAGUUAAUAGUGUGAACGUGGAGGGGGCGACCCAUAAGCAGGUGGUGGAUCUGAUCCGUGCGGGGGAGAGGGAGCUGAUGCUGGCCGUGCUGUCUGUACCUCCCCAGGAGGCUGACUGUCUGGACCCUGGAGACGACGGCUCAGCCCAGUCCUGCUAUGACUACAGCGACAAACAGGCCGUCCCCAUCUCCGUCCCCACAUACAAACACGCUGAACUCAACCAGGAGAGGUUUGUGGUGUAUAAUGUGUACAUGGCAGGCAGACAGCUGUGCUCUAAGAGGUACAGGGAGUUUGCUAUCCUCAACCAGAACCUGAAGAGAGAGUUUGCCAACUACACCUUCCCCAAAAUACCUGGCAAAUGGCCUUUUUCCCUGUCUGAACAACAACUAGACGCUAGACGCAGGGGACUGGAGGAAUACCUGGAGAAAGUGUGUUCAGUGAGGGUGAUUGGGGAGAGUGAUGUCAUGCAGGAGUUUCUGUCUGAUGAGUCUGAUGAGAACUAUAACGGCGUAUCAGAUGUGGAGUUGAGGAUAGCCAUGCCUGAUAAAACCACCGUCACAGUCCGAGUCCGCAAGAACUGUACAACUGACCAGGUCUACCAGGCUGUGGUCAUGACAGUAGGAAUGGACAGCAUAACAGCCAGCUACUUUGCUCUGUUUGAGGUCAUCAACCACUCCUUUGUGCGUAAACUGGCUCCUAAUGAGUUCCCCCACAAGCUGUAUGUUCAGAACUACACAUCUGCUGUCCCUGGGACCUGCCUCACCCUGCGCAAGUGGCUCUUCACCACCGAGGAGGAGAUCCUGCUCAAUGACAACCAACUGGCCGUCAGCUACUGCUUCCACCAGGCGGUGGAUGAUGUGAAAAGGGGAUUUAUCAAGGCAGAGGAGAAGUCCUACCAGCUACAGAAAUUAGCAGAACAGAAGAAGAUGGCCAUGUAUCUCAGUAUGUUACGGGGCUGUGAAGGCUACAAUGAGAUCAUCUUCCCACACUGCUCCUGUGACUCCCGACGCAAAGGCCACGUCGUCACAGCCAUCAGCAUACACCACUUUAAACUGCACGCCUGCACAGAAGAGGGAACGCUAGAGAACCAGGUGAUCGUGUUUGAGUGGGUGGAGAUGCAGCACUGGGACACUGAUGAGGAGGGCAUGGCCUUCUGCUUCCAGUACGCCAGGGCAGAGAAGAAACCUCGCUGGGUCAAGAUCUUUACUCCCUACUUCAACUACCUGCAUGAGUGCGUUGAGAGAGUCUUCUGUGAACUCAAGUGGAGGAAAGAGGUGGAAGAGGAGGCUGUGGAUAAGGACAAUAAGAACUGCAGUAAAGAAGAAUAUCUUCCAGCUGUUGAGACACAGAAGGGAUGGAGGCACCUAGGAGGAGAGAUCAUCACCUCCUAAACAUGCUCUCCUCCAUCCGUCCCUCUGGUCUGGUUCGGCCCGGAACUACCACCACUACCUGUCCUCACACAACUACUACUACACCAACUACAAACUACAACUUCUACAUGCCAAUAACAGCAACUACAGAUCAACAACCACCACACACCAUCAAACUACAUCAAACUACAAAUGGUCUGACUGAAGGAGAAACAACGACGCACACUACAACUUAAGCUGUUAUUCACCAUGAACCCUUGAAUACAACCCAAGCACACGAUAUAAACACAAGCCAACAGGAAGCUACAGUAGAAACAUAUAGCAGGUUUGUACAGGUGAAUAAGUAACUCUAAAGACUUAGAUACAUGCCUUCAUACAUCACCUCUUUGGUCAAAACUCCAUGGAGACCUGUGACUAUUGGCUAAGGAGGCUAACGUCUUGUGGUGGGCUUGGAUGAAGGAGAUGGUUCUCUGGGACGAUAUUGGACAAGGGAUUUGACACGUGCAACGCCAUUGGGUGUUUUGUGGCCACUUUGGAGUGCUCUGGACUGGAACAGAGUGCAGUGGAAGAAGAGAACAAAAGAGGGUUACAGAUGUUGGAACAGAACCUGUCCUAAAAGAGGAAACGGCUGGUGGUGUUGGAACAGAACCUGUUCUAAAAGAGGAAACGGCUGGUGGUGCUGGAACAGAACCUGUUCUAAAAGAGGAAACUGCUGGUGGUGAUGGAACAGAACGUGUUCUAAAAGUGGAAACGGCUAGUAGUGAUGGAACAGAACCUGUUCUAAAAGAGGAAACGGCUGGUGGUGAUGGAACAGAACCUGUUCUAAAAGAGGAAACGGCUAGUAAUGAUGGAACAGAACCUGUUCUAAAAGAGGAAACGGCUGGUGGUGAUGGAACAGAACCUGUUCUAAAAGAGGAAACGGCUGGUGGUGAUGGAACAGAACCUGUUCUAAAAGAGGAAACGGCUGGUGGUGAUGGAACAGAACCUGUUCUAAAAGAGGAAACGGCUAGUAGUGAUGGAACAGAACCUGUUCUAAAAGUGGAAACGGCUAGUAGUGAUGGAACAGAACCUGUUCUAAAAGAGGAAACGGUUAGUAAUGAUGGAACAGAACCUGUUCUAAAAGAGGAAACGGCUGUUGGUGAUGGACUGAGGAGACGCAUCUGAAAAGUUCUAAAACAGGAACUGUGUGUGUGUGUGUGUGUGUGUGUGUCGACUGAUUAUGGACAGCUGUGAGAGUCUAGGUUGGAACCCUGGAGGUAGAAACAACCCUUCUCUCUGACUCUGAACUGAACUCCCAGAAUGAGUCUAGACAGACGGACGGAGGGAACCGGCCCCAUGAUACAAGAGACUGGACUCAUAUGAACCACACAGACAGAUUGACAUAUGGAUAUUAUCUCCUGUUUGUAGCCACUAUCUCCAUUUCAAAGAGAUCUACUGAAGAGACUAUUACAGAGAGAGAGAGAAACCAUACAUUUCCUUUAUUUGUGACUAUUGGGCCGAGCAGAACCAAGGGUAGCAUGUGUGUUUCAGCUGCUGGUUCUGUUUCGGUUUACAGAUGCUGAAAUUGCCCUGAAGCCAUUUUUGAAUACACAAACCUUCUCAUUAAACACACACACACACACACACACACACACACACACACACACACACACACACACACACACACACAGAAUGUUCAUCAUGAAUUGGAUCCCAGGAAAGUAUUCUGCCAUCUUGACAGAUACCUGAACAAGGAACAUGUUUACUUCACCUGUGUGUUUUGUGUACCUCCUAAAGACAUAUAUAUAUAUAUAUAUCAUUUUUAAUGUGGACAUUUCAGACAUUGGACAGAAUAGCACAAAAAGAACCCUGUAAGAUGUUGACCACAUUAAGCUCAAUAUGUAUUCAUUCUAUGCUAGGGUCUCAUGAAGACUGUAUUUAUACUGGGUUGUAAAUAACACUGAACUCAAAGUGCAUCUCGAUUUACAUGUUUUGUGUCUUUCUGUUCUUGAGAAAAGGUGUGAUGCUUUAGAAAACACAUCGUGAUUGUCAGUCUGUAGGAUAUGUCUAUGGUGUUGGUUUAGGUGAGUCUUUGGUUCAAUUGAUAUAUUGGUCCUUGUGUAUCUGAAGGAGCUGCAGUGCUCAGAACGACCUGCAGGGGUCUCCCUCCCACUGAGAAACACUAGAUCAGUUACUAUAGAACAGGGCUGGCCAGUAUUCUAACAGAGGGCCAGUGUGGGUGCAGACUUUUGCCCCAGCCAAGCAGUAACACGCCUGAUUCAAUAUCUGGUGGAUGUUAUCGUCGGAUGCUGAUGCAACACCACACACAUCUUUAAAUGCAGUUUUAACCUACAGCAGGGUUUAAACAGUGGUGUAGUAGGAGCUACACGGAGGUAUACACCCUAAACCCCACAGAGGUUUAAAUAAAGGUUCAGUAAAAUAAAUAUGCACAAAACCCACUUUUUGUUCAGUGGACAUUGGGUCUAGUCACUUCCAGCUCACAGCUGGUAGGGUAGGUAGGACUUGCCUAGUUAAAUAAAGGUUAAAUUAAUCAAAUAAAGAAACAAUGGGUAAGCAAACCAGGUACUGAAACAGUUUGGUCCAAAGUCUUGGUUGAAUCUUUGCAGUGCUCAAUUCAGUCAUGUGCUGUUUUGAAUGAACAUUUCCAAAUGCUUUCCCAAGGAAAACUUCCUAAUUAAAGCUGCAAUAUGUAAAUUUGGGCGACCCAACAAGUUCAUAGAGGUUGAGAAUGUACAAAGACUCUCUGUACAAUUACUUAUUGUUUUGUCACAAACUGAAAUUAGGCGAACUUAGAAUUUUAGCAACCAGGAAAUGGCGGAGCUAUUUCUGUAUAGUGCAUCUUUAAAUGUUGACUGCAAAUUAGGCCUACAUGAUAUAAUUAUGAUUGUAUCAAUCUGGAGGGCAUUUAUUUUGAAAACUCUGUAAUCACAUGUACUCUACUGUAGGCCUACAUUGUAGAGUACAGACACUGCGAGCCACAUGGUAUUUUGCUUAAUUAUUUUAAAGGGCAACUAGACCCUCCCAAAAAUAUUAUUUUAUAUUUUUCCCAGACCUAAAAAAUGGUCUCCUUGUGCGGUAUAAGCAUUGAUGUGGGCUUAACAUGCAUUUGUUGUUUUUCUAUGAAAGAUUUUCUGGCAAAAUGAUGGUGUACUCACUUCUCCAGGCACUGCUACACCAAUGGGUUUUCCUGUAUCUGUGAGUGAUUUGAUUUGGGACCUGAAUCUCCAACAGGCUUAGGCUGUUUACGCAAUGGAUCAUCAUGUCUCACUCCCAUAGGCUGCUUCACUUGUCAAUCAUGUCUCUGCUAUCUUGCCCUGUAAUCUGCGAUAUCUCUCUCAAACACUCCUCUGUCCCUCGUCUUCAACUCUUUAUUUAAGAUAUUAGGCAAGCUCUACUUCUCUUAUCCUACAGUAUCUUCACCUGUCUGACAAAUCAAGCAAAUGAGAAAAUGAAACAAUCUGAAGAGAACCACACAGGGUUGAAUUGAUGAAAGCUGAAGUCAUUUAACUUGUUGACUUAUUGUAAUGAAUUGUAACAUUAUUUUAAAUGAAAUGAUUUAUUAAUGCAAAACAUUGAUGUCUUCUCUCCUUUGGUGUCUCCAACUCUAAUCUCAAUUACCCAGUUUCUAGUGCCCAAGAAUGGAAAGUGUGUGUGGGGGGGCACUUGACACCAGACUGUGAUUGUGUUUGUCCAUCGAUUAUUUCAUUGAUAAACACCCUGGUAGAUAUCAGGUGAUGAAGAGAUAAUAAUGUAUUGUUCCACUGAAGCCAAAUGCAAUCUAAGAUAAGUCGG